UGAAAGACCCUUUUCUCUUCUCUCUCCGUUCCUCGGAGAGAAGAAAAAAUCUCUCUGCUUUCACGAAACACCAACCACGACUGCCCACUGCCCGCUCUAUUUUUAAUUUUGUCAGAGCCUAAGGCAAUUAAAGUAGAGUCGCCCCUUUCCACUCCUCCAUCCCAGCUGUAAUUAUGUCCCUCACGAAAUCAAUUUCCCUCUCUCUUUACUUCCCUACUACUAUUGGUUAAGUUAGUAUAUAUAAUAGAAAGAAGUUCCGCCCCCCGCAAAAAUUCUCAACAAACUAGAAACUACCGCCCAAGUAGUAGUAACCAUCGUUGUGCUGUCCUUCUCCUUCAACCAUGGAACCGUUUAGCUUACUCAAGUUCUGGCGUAGCGCCGGGACUGACCUCAACUCCGACCUCGAUUCCUUGAGCAGCAACAAGAAGACUAACGUGGACGUCCGGAAUCGAGCCCCCGAGACUGAUGAUCAGGAAGAGAGCGACGAGUACGACGACAUCAGCGACAACGACGACCGAGAUUCACAAUCAGAUUCUUUCUUCGAUUUGGUCUUCACAGCUCCCGAUUGCUACAAUAAACAAGCUAUAGCAAACGACGCUAACUGCACUCUCCCCCACGAUUCUUCCAAAGGCGACCGCCACGAGGGCAGCAUUCAUAGCUUAAUAGAGCUGGAGUCUCCCCUGAAAUCGAAAGUCUUUCCAGUGGACGUAGUCGACCCCAACUCCAAGCCUCACUCUCCAAUCUCAUUGCUGAAAUCCGCACCCAAGUUCAGAGUCUUGUUGCUAGGCUUUAGGAAGUCUAAAUCAGACAAGCCCCAAUCUAACCCAGCUUCUUCGGAACCCAAACGUCGUCAGUUCCAUAAACCAGCACAGAAUACUAAUCGAGAGAGCAAGCGUUUGGCCGCCGUCAAGUACAAAGUAGAACAAGUUCCGAUCGGAUCAUUGUUCUCCCGAGACAACAGCUUGAGAAGUAAGCUGCAGCGGGAGCGCACCUUUGAUUUUUCCAUAGACGACUCCUCCAAGCCGAUGCCCAAAGACGUCCCAAUGUACUUGAAGCUGAUCAGGCCGCUGUACAUCAGAGCUUCGAAGCGGUACAGCGACAAAAUGAGGUUCCCUUGGGAACAUCAGUCAUCGAGGGUUUCUCCGAUGUCAUCUCCGGCGGGGGAAUCGAGGCGAGGGGUAGAUCGCGGCGGAGGAGGCUUUAGAGCAGUGAGCAAGCACCUGGGGAGGAGUCGAUCGGCUGCGUCGUCGACGGCAGGCAUGACGGCGUCGCCGGCCAACAGGAGAGAUGAUUCGCUGUUGCUGCACAAUGACGGAAUCCAAAGUGCUAUUCUUCAUUGCAAGAGAUCGUACAACUCACCAGCUAAAGAAUGUUCGGGUGAAUUGCGCUUAUGUCAGGGGAAAUCAACGAAUUUAUCCAGUGAACAACGGAACCGGUGCAGCAGCAUUUGAGAUUAUUUCGGAUAUACUACUACUCCUAGUCUCUUGUGAGCCAAGUAAAGCGGAAUGGGGUGGUACUGCUGCUAGAAUGGUAGUAGUAUUUUGAAAGAAGGGGAGAUAGCGGGAAAAAAUGUGACGAUUGCUAAAAGAAAGAAGAGGAGAAAAUUGCCAUGCAAGUUGAGGAGGUCCGACGUGACGUUCAAUUGACGCAAGCAUUAGCCAAUGAAAAGAGAGGAUAUUGGGAGGGGAAGGGGGGCGGUGUGCGUACUGUGUGUAUCCCCAGUAAGUACAUUGCACAGUAAAAAGUUUUUACUCCACCAGUAGUGAGUAGUUGCUGAAGUGCCGAGUUCUUUUUCUCCUCUUCUUUUUUUUUUUUUUUGUUUUGGUUAUAUUUAUGGGGGGCUUGUCUUGACCCUUGUGUAAAGCGAAGCCACUACUGAUGUUUUAAUUAUGCGGCAGUACAUUGGCAGUUGGUACGACGGCCUACGGGCGUAUCAUUUCAUGGAAUGGAAUGUGGGUUGUGUAUGUAGAAACUGGAAAAUAAUCUGCCCGUAAAUAGAAACUGGAAACGUCUUCGGUGUAAAGCUAAAUUCAGACGCUUGUUUCAACGGA